UGGUCUCUUUGCUGGCAACAUCACAGAAAUGCAUUAUUUGGAAGAUGGUACUAGCACAAUUGUCACACGUAAUUACACGAAUCACUGCUUCUAUCAUGGCCAUGUACAAGAAUAUUCUGAAUCUGCAGUAAGUUUGAGUACGUGCUCUGGACUCAGGGGUAUUAUUUUUUUUGAAGAUAGAACCUUCAUUUUGGAGCCACUGGAAGGUGCUAUGAAUGAACAUAUAAUCUAUAGACUAAAACACCCAAAUCUAAUCCUGGGUACAUGUGGCCAUCAUCUCAAUCUUACUGGUAUCACUUUGGGGGAUACUGCACAGCUUAUUCAGACAUUUACUAGCAGACACAAAAGAGAAACUCUGAAGUCCACCAAGUAUGUGGAACUCGUAAUUGUGGCUGAUAAUCGUGAGUUUCAGAGACAAGGCAAGGAUGUGGAAAAAGUGAAACUGAGGCUAAUAGAAAUUGCAAACUAUGCUGAUAAGUUCUACAGGCCAUUAAAUAUUAGAAUAGUUUUGGUUGGAUUAGAAGUCUGGAAUGAUGUGGAUAAAUGUACAGUAACUCAAGAUCCCUUCACCACUCUUCAUGAGUUUCUGGAUUGGCGAAAGAUGAAACUACUACCUCGUAAACCACAUGAUAAUGCACAACUAGUCAGACUCCUAAAAAGCAAAUCAGAUUAUUGCCUCUUGACCAUCCUUCUAGCAAAGGAUCAUGCAGACAAUCCAUUGGGGGCAGCAGUAACUCUGGCUCAUGAACUAGGCCACAAUUUUGGUAUGAACCACGAUACACUGGAAAGAGGUUGCAACUGCAAAACAACUGCAGACAAAGGUGGCUGUAUUAUGAACCCUUCAACUGGCUAUCCGUUUCCCAUGAUGUUCAGCAGCUGCAGCAAGAAAGACCUGGAAAACAGCUUGGAGAAAGGUGUGGGGAUGUGUCUCUUCAACCUUCCAGAGGUUAAGGAAUCAUUUGGUGGCCCCAAAUGUGGGAACGGCUUUGUAGAAGAGGGAGAAGAGUGUGACUGUGGUGAACCUGAGGAAUGUACGAACCAAUGCUGUAAUGCUACAACCUGUACUUUAAGGCCAGGAGCAAUGUGUGCACAUGGACUUUGCUGUGAAGAUUGCAAGCUGAGGCCAGCAGGGAUUUUAUGCAGGGGUACCAGUAAUUCCUGUGAUCUUCCUGAAUUCUGUACUGGAAGCAAUCCUCAUUGCCCGGCCAAUGUUUACUUGCAUGAUGGGCACUCUUGCUAUGGGGUAGACGGGUACUGCUAUAAUGGGAUGUGCCAGACUCACGAACAGCAGUGCAUCACCCUCUGGGGACCAGGUGCUAAACCUGCUCCUGAGAUAUGCUUUCAGAGAGUCAAUUCUGCAGGAGAUCCAUAUGGGAACUGUGGCAAGGAUUCUAAAAGUACUUUUGCCAAAUGUGAACCCAGAGAUUCAAAGUGUGGAAAAAUUCAGUGUCAAGGGGGAGCAAGUCGACCUGUAAUUGGUACCAAUGCUGUCUCAAUAGAAACAAACAUCCCUCUACAAGGAGGAGGCAAAAUUCUGUGCCGAGGAACACAUGUUUACUUGGGGGAUGACAUGCCUGAUCCUGGUCUUGUCUUGGCUGGAACAAAAUGUGAAGAUGAAAAAAUCUGUCUUAAUCGCCGCUGUCAAAACACCAGUGUAUUUGGUGUUCAUGAAUGUGCAACAAAAUGUCAUGGACGUGGGGUCUGCAACAAUAAAAAAAAUUGCCACUGUGAGGCUCAUUGGGGUCCUCCCUUUUGUGAUAAGGCAGGAUUUGGUGGCAGUAUUGACAGUGGGCCAGUUCGACAAUCUGAUAACAGAAGCUUAAUUGCAAUACUUAUAACCAUCCUGUGCCUUCUGGCGGCCAGUUUACUUGUGUACUUCAAGAGGAAGAUCUUGAUUAGAGUAUUCUUUAUUAAUAAGAAAACUACAAUAGAGAAACUUAGGUCUGUGAGUCAAACAAGGCCUUCCAGUUCAUCUGAAUCUAAUCAUGUUCAUACUGCAACAUUCCUCAGUAAAAAACUAGCCAAACAGCCACAAAAUUUAACCACACCCAAGAGAAACAAUGUACAACAAUUGCUACAGUAUCAGAAAAGGGAUAUUAGCUACUUUGUGAAGGCCCAGGAUAUAUCGAAACGGAGCCCACCAGAGAGGGUCCAGCCACAUCUUUGUGAGAUUUCCUGCCAACAAUCUGUGUCUGGAAAGGUGCUGCCCACCAAACCCCUUCUGAAAUUUGACCUGGAAUCUUGCAAGCCAAGUCCUCCUCAGAAGCCUUUGCCAGCUAAUCCUCAGAAGAACAAAGUUAUUCAGAUUAAUACUGCUUCUCGGACAAUGUUUGAGCUUCCAAAACCUAUGCCUCAAAUUGCUCCUGUCAGGCCUGCACCAAAACCUCCACUUCAAGUGCCUAGGCACGGCAAUGCUGCCUAUAUGAAAUGA